AUGGAUACAGUAGAGACGUUAAGGUUUUUUGUUACAUUAUCAUCUACUGAUAAUACUAUUGAAGGUAUUAAUUAUUUAAUUGAUGAACUUUCAAAUGCUCAUAAGCUUCUAGUAAAACAAAAUGAAGAUAAAAUAUCUUUACAUGAUUUUAUAUAUAAAUUAAAAGAGGAAAAUGAAAUAUUAAAAGAUGAGAAUAAAAAACUUAAAGAUAAAAUAGAUGAAAUUGAAAGAAGUAACAUAAUGUUAGGAAAAUUAGUUAAUAAUAGUAAUAAUGGUGAAAAUGAAGUAUUAAAAAAUGAGAAUAAAAAAUUAAAAGAAAAAAUAAAACAACUUGAAAUAAGUAAUAAAAUAUGUGAUAAAAUAAAUUUCAAAGAAAAUGAUAUGAUAGAUGUAGAGGGAACACAAUCAUUAAAAAGGUCAACAUCUAUAGCUAGCAUUAUGAUUACAAAGAUUGCUCCAGAAAUACCUGUAACUCCUCAUUGUUUUGAAAUUAUAACAAAUUUAAUUUCUGAAUCUUGUGAUGUAUGUAAAAAAAGUAUUACAUUUGUCAAAACAAAAUUAAGAUGUUCUGGAUGUUUAGUUAUUGUUCAUGAAAAAUGUCUUUAUCAGGUUGAAAAUGAUCCUUGUUUUAUGAGAAAAAAAAAAGAUUGCAAAGAAAAUGAGAGUAAAAAUGAAAGACAUCGAAUUUCAUAUUUUUGUCCAGAAAUUACAGAUGAUUUCAAUGGAUAUUGUGUACCACAUAUUAUACAAAAUUGUAUACAUUAUUUAAAUGAAAAUUGUCUUAUUAAUUCAGCUGAUUUAUAUAAUAAAUCAAAAGUUACUUCACAAGAAAAAAGUACAUCAAAAGAAUUAUUAAAAUCAUUUCAUCAACGUAGGCUACCAAAUUUAUCAAGAUAUUCUCCAAAAUGUAUAGCAUAUACAGUUCUUUUAUUUUUAUCUGAAUUAAGUGAAACACUUAUUCCACCAUCAAGUUAUAAAGAAUUUAUUUAUUUUAUAACAAAAGAUGAUCUUUUAAAAGCAAUUAAAGAUUUACCUUUACCAAAUAGGCAUUCACUAACACUUCUUAUAUUACAUUGGAAAAAAUAUAUUAAAAGAAGUUUAUCACCAAUAAGUACAAGAGAUGAAUUAACAAGAGAGUUAUGGCAAAUAUUAUUAAGUUCUGGUAGAUCAUCAAUUACAAAUGGAAUAAUAAAUGAAGAAGUUCUUGGAAAAAAAGUUGUAAAAAGUUUGCUAACAGAUAUAACAUCAGAAAGUUUAAUUAAAAUUUUGAAAGAAAAAGGUGAUGAUCAAAAAAUUUUUACACCAAUUCUUAGAAUACAAACGAAAGAAAAGAAAAUUCCAAGAUUAAGUUUAGUUAAAAGACAAAUUUCAACUACUCCAAGACAAUCAGAAAAAUAUGAAACACCUAAAUCAUUUAGAGAUAGAAAAAGUUUAUUAAGAAAAAGUCCUUGGAGAUAA